AUGGGCUCUUUCUGCGCUAAGCCGGAUGCGGUCCCCAAGGACAAUGCGCACGAGGGUGAGAAGAACUACGAGGCGGGGGGCGAGAAGUCUUUCAACGACGCCAACGUAGAGGCAAAGUCGCCGCACCAGCAGUGCGAUAAGGACGACGCGGCAAAGGACGUCGAGGAAACGGACGACGCGGCAAAGGACGUCGAGGCAGCGGACGACGCGGCAAAGGACGUCGAGGCAGCGGACGGCGAGGCAAAGUGCGCCGAGGCGGUGGACAUGGAGGAGAAGCAGGAAGCAUUUGAGGUGGACCCCAAGAACGAGUUGAAUGAUGUGGAGGGGCAGGCGGGCGAAACGCAGGAUGAAUGA